AUGGGUUACGUCCAGGAACUCCAGGACGUAAAUUUCCCUGUAAGUGGACGAGUCAGCUUACGGCCUAAAAAACGAGCCGUAAAACUAGUUACGGCUGGGAAAAAGUUGCAUGAUGUUAUAUCUGUGGAUACAAUUAAGAGUAUGCAGCAAAUGCAAAUGUCUUGUUUUGAGCCCCAACUUUGGAGACUGUUGGGGCGUCACUGUAUCCAGGAAAGAGAUAGUGCAAAGAAUAUCGACUGGGGUUCUGAAAAGCCAUUUAUGUACCAUUGUCAUGUAGAUCCAGAUGGUAAUUACACGUUCAAGGGCCCAUAUUUGCAAGCAGGACAAACUCAUCUUCAAAGGGUAUUAGGGGAUGAGAACGUAUUGGUUGUCAAGUUUUCAGGACAAAUGGUAGAGGGUGCUGGAAGGAAUUCAUUAAUCAGGUGCAACAGUACAAGUUCCCCACACCAACCAAACAGAAACGAAGGUGUAGGAAUCUAUAAUUCAAAUUCUGCAUAUCAUAGGAUUCGUGAAGAAGGGAUAUUAGUGGGUUUACGCCGCUAUUGUUUUUUUGUUUUUAAAGACCGCGGCAAAGAGGAGAAGAAUAAAGAAAAGGAUUCUCUAACUUCCUCAUCUGUCAAGUGUUACUUUGUCUGCAUGGACUGCGUGGAUUCUGAUGAUCCAUUGACAAUUGCCCCUUCCAUUUUGUUUUGUAAAUCUGUUUCCGAAGCACGGUCCCUCUUUAUGCAUGUACAUAACGUAUCAAGCACUACUAAAUAUAUGGCUAGGUUUUCCCUCAUUUUAUCAAAGACAAUCAAACUGGAUAUUGAUUUUGCGUCUGUCCGUGUUGAAGAAAUUGAAGAUAUAGCUUGCCGGGAUCAGGAUGGCUGCAUUGUUUACAAUGAAGACGGGGAACCUCGAAUACAUACAGAUGGCACUGGUUUUAUCUCUCAAGAUUUAGCUCUAAAAUGUCCGAGGAACAUCUUCAAAGGAAAGUGGUCGAGUCAGAGCGACUUCGAGAAAAUUCUACUACAUCAAAUUGCAGAAGAAACAUCUUUAGGACUCGAGAAAUCAAUAAGAUCGUACAUUGGAGAUCCGCCUUUGCUGAUCCAGUUCCGUAUGUUUCAUAAUGGUAGUGCUGUUAAAGGAACCGCCCUUGUGAACAAGAAGCUUCCCCCUAAAACAAUUCAAGUACGGCCAUCGAUGAUAAAAGUUAGGAGUGAUCUAGGAUAUGUAAAUGAUGAUCCCAUAACCAACUCCUUUGAGGUUGUAGCAACAACCAUGAAACCUAAGAGGACAAAUUUGUCGAAGUACUUAAUUGCACUUCUUAGCUACGGGGGAGUCCCAGAUGGAUACUUUCUGGAACUUCUCACUGAUGCCCUGGAGGACACCAAAAAAUUUCACAAUGACAAGCGUGCAGCAUUAAGAGCGGCUCUACAUUACGGUGAGAUGGACGACUUUCUUGUAGCGAAGAUGAUUCUAUGUGGUAUUCCCUUGGGAGAAUCAUUUCUCAAAGCGCGUUUAUCAGUGCUCAUGAGAACAGAAUUGAAGAGUCUCAAGGAAGGGAAGCUUCCUAUGAAUGACUCGUAUUAUUUGAUGGGCACCGCAGAUCCAACUGGAAUUCUAAAACCACAUCAAGUUUGUGUAAUUCUUGAAAGUGGGCAAGUUUCGGGAGAUAUAUUAGUUUACAAACACCCUGGCCUACACUUUGGCGACAUACAUGUCCUGACAGCAACAUAUGUGCAAGAGUUGGAGAACUAUGUUGGAAAUGCAAAAUAUGGAAUAUUUUUUCCCAUUGUAGGGCCACGAUCCAUUGCAGAUGAAAUUGCAAAUAUUGAUUUGGAUGGGGACAUGUAUUGGAUGUGCAGAAAUCCACAGUUAUUGAAUUGGUUCAGACCUAGCACGCCAUGGACACAAAAACAUUUCGCAGAAAAUGUACCUCAAUCUAAGCCCGCUGAUUUUUCUGAUGAAGAUAGAUUGGAACACUAUCUUUUUGAGAAAUUCUUAGCAGCUAGAUUUAGUAGUAAUAAUGUUGGUGUGGCAGCUAUUUGUUGGUUGAGUUUAAUGGAUACACGGUUGACAUUGGAUGAGUCGAAUGCUGAAAAAAUCAAAGAAGUGGAGGACAAAUUGCUACAUUUGACGGACAUCUAUUAUGAUGCACUGGAUGUAGCAAAAUCUGGAAAAAAAAUUGUAAUCCCACCCAAAUUAAGGCAGCAGAAAACUCCACAUUUCAUGCAGAAUAAAUCUCCUGGUUCAUCAGGAUUGAACAACUCUCCGCAGUCCUGGAGAAAAGAUAAUUCUUAUCAAUCCACGUCUAUCUUGGGACAAAUUUUUGAUGAAGUUGAAGCUUUUGAAGAGUUUGGAAAUCAGCAAGUAAUAGAAGUGGACAAACUCCCAUCUUUUGAACAAGUUGUUCCAGAAGACCGCAUUGCUUUCUGGACGGAACAACAUAAUUUGUAUAGAACCGAAAUGCGCCACGCCUUGAACAAUGAAGCUGUUAAAGAUCAAUUUGCAGAUUCGGGUAGUCAAAAUAAUCAAGCUUCAGCUGCUGUUUAUCAAAAAUAUAAGCAGAUCUUAUAUCAUGCACCGGAGCUUGAUCAGAGUCCAAGGAAGGAAGAAGAUAUAUACAUGAACGCUCUUGCCAUAUAUCAUGUCUCCUACGAUGAAGCGAAGCGUCAUGGGGUGGGUAAAUGCUACUUUGCUUGGAAAGUUGCUGCAGGCCAGGCCCUGUGCAAGUACUAUCUUACAAGGCAAAAUGACGCAGCCUUUAUGUGUUCAAAAUCGGUUUUGCGCGAACUUCAGGGUUGUUAGACUGACAUCUGUAUAUAAUGUAAAAAGCUAGCACAGUAUCAGUCGUGCACUAUUUGUUUGAUUUCAUAUUUUUGUCUGAAACCUUAAGAGUUCAGAGAGAUCCAACUAACAUGUGCCAGGUUGUGUAAUUGUGUUCUAACAGUCCUAGGAAGACUACCUUGAUAAUAAGAAGUCCGAAAAUUACAUACAUAUAUUUCUAG